CACUACUUCCGGGUUUCGGCAGUCUGGUCCAUAUCCACUCCUCAGUCGCGUUUCCCAACUACUCGCACCCAUUGUACACAAACCAACGAGGAGUUGGCGACUGAGCACAGCAUCGAUCGAGGGCUGCUCCUUUAAGAAAGACUAAGCCUGAAUUAUCACCCCACCUCCUCCUGAUCUCCUUUACAGGGCUUUUGCGUUUUAAAAAAUCAACCCAGGAGCCGAGAGUGAUCAAAAGAAAAACGAGUGAGCUGAAUGUUUUGUGUGCAUUUGACUAUUCACAUUAGGUGUGCUAACCCGUGGAAGCGCGGCGCGGAUCAUCAUUCAUUCCGGGCUACUUUGACAAGCCUCGGCGUUUGAUUGACAGGCGUGGUGGCAAAAAGCCAUGAGACUUCGCUAGUUUUGUUUUGAGGGGUAUUUUCAUACUGUUUUUUGGGAAAAUAAGACUGGGGUUUCUCUCCCUAUGCCACUGCCCUGGGGAUAGCUCAGGCCCUAUUCGCGGUUGCUUUGGACUGAACUUGAGCUGAAGAGGGCUGGCUUGAAUUCAUCGUUGCAUUUCUCUUGCAAGAAAUACGGAUUCUUGAAAGAUUUCGCAUUUGGAAUUUGCGUUUUUAUUUGUUCUUCACCCUGGCCUCUUAGGGGAUAUAUCCGAAGCGAAAGGAGAGAAGAAGAGAGGGACUAGAGGAGGGAUAUGGCGCAGCGGUACGAAGACUUGCCCCACUACGGGAUGGACGGGGUGGGUAUCCCCACCACCAUGUACGGCGACCCGCACGGUGCCCGCUCCAUGCAGGCCGUCCACCUCAACCACGGCCCCCAGCUACACUCACACCAGUACCCGCACACAGCCCACAGCAACGCCAUGCCGCCUAGUAUGGGCUCGUCCGUCAACGACGCCCUGAAGAGAGAUAAAGACCAGAUAUAUGGGCACCCCCUGUUCCCCCUGCUUGCACUGAUUUUUGAGAAAUGUGAAUUAGCGACUUGCACGCCCAGAGAGCCUGGGGUCGCGGGAGGAGACGUUUGUUCAUCGGAAUCUUUCAAUGAAGAUAUAGCAGUGUUUGCAAAACAGAUUCGAGCAGAAAAGCCGUUAUUUUCAUCGAAUCCAGAACUGGAUAACCUGAUGAUUCAAGCCAUUCAAGUUUUACGGUUUCAUCUUCUGGAGUUGGAAAAGGUACACGAACUAUGUGACAAUUUCUGUCACCGGUACAUCAGCUGUCUGAAAGGAAAGAUGCCCAUCGACUUGGUGAUCGACGACAGAGAGGGCGGAUCAAAAUCGGACAACGAGGAAAUAACAAGAUCAUCCGGGCCUCUUGAUCAG